AUGUCCUUCGACCGGACCAACGACCAAGACUACUUUGGCAGCGAAAAUGGCACGAGUGAUGUCCCCGCUACGCCCACGGGAAGGGUGCGGCGGCGAGCAUCUUUGUCUAUCCGCAUCCCACCAACCGGCGCCUCGGCCGACACCGCCUUCACCGCCCUGCAGUACUUGCCCAUGCCCGUCCUAGUCCUUUCGAGUGCAAAGCAGAUUCUAUUGGCCAACGAUGCCAUGGCUCGAAUGCUGGGCAUCGAGCCUUCGGCCCACGACGGCGACGAUGAGGAAGAUGCCGAUGGGGAGGAUGAGGCCUCGUUGUGCCGUACCAAGACUGUCACAGAAACCCUGCAUGGCGCAACACUCUCACAGCUCGGCUUGGACUUGCUACAAGGCGGCAACCCAGUUUUUGUGGCGUGGGAGAACUUCCUUGAUACAGUGGUCAACGAUGCGGCCAAGGCACAAUCCGCAACCACCCAGCUCAACACCUUUCACAACCGUGCGUUUGGCAAGUCACGAUCCUCGUCCACAAACUCGCACGGCCGCAGCCCCUCACUCGGCUCCAAAUCUUCCAAGACCGAAGUGUAUGACGCGGUGGUCGAGGUCAUGUUCUCCACGGACAGGAAUCCCGCCACCGGCUUCCCCAUCGCCUCUCGACUCGAUGCCGGGAAUCACGCGCAGGCGCAGAUGAUUGUGUCGGUGUGGGCCACCGAAGAUUCCCAGUACUUCACUCUCACCUUCACCGCAUCCUCUGGCCAAUCAACGGCUUCGAGCGAAGUCAGCAAAAGCACCACAAGAACAGUGUCUCGUCAUUCCACCAGCUUGCCCUCGGGCCUCAGCUCCGCGUCCAGUUCGGCUUCCUCCGGACAGCCCAGGUCUCACCAUACAACCGCCACCAACAACUCAGUCACCUCCAACGCCCUAGUGACCAGCCCACGGAGUAUAGACUUCCCGCCGCGUGGACCGCCUGGCAAACCAUCCGCAUCUUCCCCCAGCAUCUUCUCCAAGACGAAUCGUCUCAAGGACGCCAUUCUCAAUACGAUGAACAUCCCCGCAUAUGCAAUGUGGAAAGACGAGUCGUUUGGCGUGCCCAACAAAGCCGCCAUCCGCCUCCUCUACCCCUGGAUCGAAGAUGGAGCCUACGACUCGAGCGAACAAGCUCAGGACUUCCUCUCCAAAUUCGUCAUCUACAACGAGUCAUUCACCGCUAGAAUCCCCGUCGAGGACUUUCCGAUCAUGAGGCUCAUGCGAGAGCAAAAAGGCUUUGACGGCUACCGGAUUGGCAUGUACAGCGUCAAAGACGGGAGCCGACUUCUCUUCGACAGCACGGGUCAGCCCAUCACCGACGAAAAGGGAGAGUUCCUCGGCGGCCUGGUGAUGUUCAAGGACGUCACGACAUUUGCCCGCGCGAUUGACAAGAAGCAGCGGGAGAAUGAUAAUAUGUUUGAAAACAUUUGCAACUCUUGCCCGGUGAUGAUCUGGCGAAACACACCCGAAGGCGUGGUGAACUACCUUUCCGACCGCUGGUUGUCGUAUACUGGUACUACUGCGGAAGAAAACAUGGGCGACGGUUGGGUGGCUCGAAUCCACCCGGAUGACAUGGCAUUCACUGCCCCGGCCUACGCGCACACACUGGCCACAGGCGAGGAGUACAAGGUCGAAUACAGGGUGCGAAGGUACGAUGGCGAAUGGCGAUGGAUGCUUGCCCGCGCCGUGCCCAUGAGAGAUGAAGACGGGGUCAUUACGCAGUUCAUCGGCUCAUGCACCGACAUCGACGAUCUCGUGCGAACCCGAGAAGAGGCCAAACAGACCCGUGCGCAGCUCAAACAGGUCGUCCAGCACGCAAGAAUCACUCUCUGGGCCAUUGACCGAGACUGGCGAUUGGUUAUCUACGAAGGCCGUCCGAUGACCACGAACCAGAGGUUAUCAUACGAUCCAGAAUCUUCCGAAUACCUCGCCUUAAAAGAUCUCUACCUCGGAAAGCACCUUUUCGACAUCCUCAAAUUGCAGGGCCGAACGAGCGAGAUGGAUAAACUCGCCGGGCCUAUCGAGGAUAUUCUGAGCGGCAGGAAAGAGGAGCAGACGUUUGAUCAGCACAUCGAUUCUAACGGCCGCUGGUUCAAAACACGCUUAUUUCCGAUCCUGCGACGAGAACGCAAGGGCGGACAUGAGGGGAAUGCGUUUGUGGAUGGAGUGGUGGGAAUGUCGAUUGACGUCACCGAGCUCAAGAAGAAGGAGGUGGAGGUCGAGCAGCGGAACAUCGAGAAUAGUCGAUUGUUGGCGCAAAGCGUGGCGGCUAGGGAGGCCAGUAAGAUGAAGUCUCAGUUCUUGGCAAACAUGAGCCACGAAAUCCGCACGCCCAUUGCUGGCGUCAUUGGAAUGUCUGACUUGCUGCUCGACGAUGAGACGGCGCAGCUUACGAAAGAGCAGCGAGAUUGCGCAGAGAAUAUUCAAAGAAGCGCCAACGGCUUGCUCACGGUGAUCAACGACAUUCUGGACUUCAGCAAAGUGGAAAGCGGGCGGUUGGACAUUGAAGAAGUCCAGUUUGACCUGAAUGUCGUGGUCCGCGAUGUGAACAAGAUGCUCGGCUUCGCCGCCGAGCGCAAGGGCCUCAAGUACAUCGAUGACAUUGACGAGCUCAAAUCUUGGAAGGUGAUGGGCGACCCGGGACGACUUCGGCAGGUCAUAACGAAUCUUCUGACCAACUCGAUCAAAUUCACAUCUGAGGGGAGUGUGACUAUGCGAGUGAAGGUGCGGAAGGAGACCACGGAAUUCCUCGAGGUCCAAUUCACCGUCGAAGACACGGGGAUUGGCAUUGAGGAAGACGUGCGGAAGAAGCUCUUCAAACCGUUCUCGCAAGCCGACAGCUCGACGGCGCGACGAUUCGGCGGCACCGGCCUCGGCCUGACCAUCAGUAAGAACCUCGUAGAGCUGAUGCAUGGCCAGAUUUCUCUGGAGUCGAAGCUCGGCGUUGGCACAAAGGCGAACUUUUGGAUCCCGUUCCACAAGGCGGAGUUUGCUUCGAGCAACUCGCCCGUUGUAGGACUCGAGUCGAUUCCAGACCGAUUGCAGUCCGAACUUUCAAUCUCCCGGCCUGGGUCGGAUCAAAGCGGGCCUCCUACGCCCACGCACGCUCUCAAACCUGCCGGACACCAACGCGGGACUUCGGUGGGGUCUGGGGGCGCUGCGCCGGUGGCGGUCGAAAGUGCUCAAGAUCUGCUCAGCGUGGCGGAGCGCAAGAACGUCAAUGUGCUCGUGGUGGAAGAUAAUGCUGUGAACCAACAGAUUGCACUCAAGACCAUCAAGAAGCUUGGCUUCCCGGCGAAGGCGGUGUGGAAUGGCAAAGAGGCGCUGGAUUACUUGCACAAUCCGUCAGCAGAGCAACCUCUCCCGGACGUGAUUCUCAUGGACGUUCAGAUGCCGAUCAUGGACGGCUAUCGCGCGACAUACACGAUUCGCAACUCCUUUCCCAAGCUCCCGGAGGUGUCGAAUACGCCCAUCGUGGCCAUGACGGCUUCGGCGAUUCAGGGAGAUCGAGAGAAGUGUGAGAUGGCGGGCAUGGACGACUACUUGGCGAAGCCGGUCAAGAAGUCGCAGCUGGAGAACAUGCUGGUGAAAUGGGCGAUUGAAGGGCGAAAGAAGCGAGCAGAGCUGGCCAAGAACCCCACCUUGGCUUCCCCAGGCAGACGCCCCAGCGGAGCGCUGACCGCCGCCUCUUUCCUGUCAGACGGGUCGUCGAGCCAGCAAACGUCGCAAGACCAUCUAUCCGCCGAGCUCGACCGGCUGGAAUUCACGCAGCGCGCGGCACUAGAGCGCUCGUCGGAGAACGCCAACGACCAGGCCAUCAAGCACCAACAGCAGGAGGAGAAGGCAAUUACCCUGCGCAACGACGUGCUCAUGGAGUCCGGCGAGGACCCGAAGAAGUGGCUUGGGCGGCACUGGAGCGACGACUCCUUUCACCAGCACGGCGUCGGCGACGGCUCGAAUGCGCUGACGACGGAGAAUAUGCAGCGGUUCGCGCAGCAUGAUCGCAUGGCGCGCCUGCAGCGCGAGCACACGCGCGAGAUGGAGGAGGAUAAUUCGAGUGUGGAGGUGACGAUUGGGGAGUCGUUGACGAGGACUGUGACGAGCUUGCCGGCUUCGGGGUCGCCGCCGCCGCCGAGGCGAUGA